AUGGCCCAGCUGUACCACCCGGGCGAGGACGCCGUGUGGGUGCUGGACAGCGGCAGCGUGCGCGGGGCCACGGCCAACAGCUCGGCCGCCUGGCUCGUGCAGUUCUACUCCUCGUGGUGCGGCCACUGCAUCGGCUACGCGCCCACCUGGCGGGCCCUGGCCGGGGACGUGCGAGACUGGGCCUCUGCCAUCCGGGUGGCUGCGCUGGACUGUGCCGCGGAGAAGAACCACGAGGUGUGCUGGGCCUACGGCAUCCACGUCUUCCCCACCUUCCGGUUUUUCCGAGCGUUCACACAGACAUUCACACCCGGAGAAGACUUCAGAGGGUCCGAGCGCGAUGUGCGAACGGUUCGGCGGAGCCUGAUUGACUUCCUGCAGAACCACACAGAGGCCCGCUGGCCCCCCGCCUGCCCGUCCCUGGAGCCCGUUCCGCCUGCUGAUGUGCUGUCUCUGUUUGACAGUCAUGAUGGCCGCUACGUGGCGGUGAUAGUUGAGGGCAGCAGCUCCUAUGUUGGACGAGAGGUGAUCUUGGACCUGGUUCCCUACGAGAACGUGGUGGUGAAGAGAGCACUGGACUCGGACAGGGCGCUUCUGGACAGACUUGGGGUGUCAUCGGUCCCCUCCUGUUUCCUGAUCUAUCCCAAUGGCACGCAUGGCAUUGUAAACGUCACCAGGCCUCUGCGCUUGUUUUUCUCCGGUUACCUGAAGUCAUUGCCUGGAGUGAGGAAGAGACCACUGUCGUUGCCUGAACAGCCACGUAGCGAGGAGAAUGAGGGGACCAUGGUCUGGAGAGAAUUUGACAAGGCUCGGCUGUACACUGCAGACUUGGAGUCGGCCCUGCACUACCUCCUGCGGGUAGAGCUGGCUGCCCACCGGUCACUUGCGGGCGAAGAGCUCCGGACGCUCAAGGACUUCGUCACGCUUCUUGCCAAGCUGUUCCCUGGGCGGCCACCCGUCUCCAAGCUCUUAGAGACACUGCAGGAGUGGCUGGCCAGCCUGCCCCUGGACAGGAUCCCCUAUGGUGCUGUCCUCGACCUGGUCAACAACAAGAUGCGGAUUUCUGGAAUCUUCCUUACCAAUCAGAUUAAGUGGGUUGGAUGUCAGGGAAGCCGACCAGAACUGAGGGGUUACCCGUGUGGCCUCUGGAAACUGUUCCACACGCUGACGGUCCAGGCAGGGACUCACCCAGAAGUGCUGGCUGGCUCAGGUCUCCAGGGUGCCCCCUACACCGUACUGCAGACCCUCAGGGCUUACGUGCACAGGUUCUUUGGCUGCAGGGAGUGCAGGGAGCACUUUGAGGUGAUGGCGCAGGAGUCCCUGGACACAGUCAAGACCCACGACCAGGCGAUCCUCUGGCUCUGGCGGAAACACAACGUGGUGAACAGCCGCCUGGCAGGCCAUCUGAGUGAGGACCCCAGGUUCCCCAAGGCCCCGUGGCCCACCCCAGACCUCUGCCCUGCUUGCCACGAGGAAGUCAAGGGCCUAGCCAGCUGGAACGAGGGCCAGGUGCUCGCCUUUCUCAAGCAGCACUACAGCCGUGCCAACCUUCUGGACACGUACUCAGCAGACGUUGGGGGUCCUGGUGAAGAGGGAGAGAAGGUCCCCUCUCCCCUGCAGAAGUCCUCCAGCAGCCAGCAACCCGGACUUCUCCAGCCACAAGACACCCAGGGUCGCCAACCUCAUCUAUCAGAGAAUGGACUGGACGGCAGGGCCCACCUGGAGCCUGGCACCACGGUGCCCUUGCUGGGGGCUGGGUUCUCCAGCCUGGACAUGAGCCUCUGUAUCCUCCUCUAUGUGGCCUCAUCCCUGUUCCUCAUGGUCAUGUACUUCUUCUUCCGCAUGAGGUCCAAGCGGUGGAAGGUCAAGUACUACCCCCCAGUCUAG